AUGGUGCAGAAAUCGCGCAACGGCGGCGUGUACCCGGGCGCGUCGGGCGAGAAGAAGCUGAAGGUGGGCUUCGUGGGGCUGGACCCGGGCGCGCCGGACUCGACCCGCGACGGGGCGCUGCUCAUCGCGGGGCCCGAGGGCGGCAGCAAGCGCGGCUCCAUCCUCAGCAAGCCCCGCUCGGCCGUCUCCGGCAAGCCGCCCAAGAGGAACGCGUUUUACCGCAAGCUCCAGAAUUUCCUCUACAACGUGCUCGAGAGGCCCCGCGGCUGGGCGUUCAUCUACCACGCUUACGUUUUUCUACUUGUUUUCUCCUGCCUGGUCCUCUCUGUUUUUUCAACUAUUACGGAGUAUGAGAAGAGUUCUGAAGGUGCCCUCUACAUUCUGGAAAUCGUCACCAUUGUGGUCUUUGGAGUGGAAUACUUUGUGAGAAUCUGGGCUGCUGGUUGCUGCUGCCGCUAUCGGGGUUGGAGAGGAAGGUUAAAAUUUGCCCGCAAACCAUUUUGUGUCAUUGACAUCAUGGUGUUAAUCGCUUCUAUUGCCGUGCUCGCCGCGGGAUCCCAGGGGAAUGUCUUCGCCACCUCUGCGCUUAGAAGUUUGCGGUUUCUGCAGAUAUUGCGUAUGAUACGGAUGGACCGCAGAGGGGGCACUUGGAAGCUUCUGGGAUCUGUGGUAUAUGCCCAUAGCAAGGAGCUCAUCACUGCCUGGUACAUUGGAUUUCUUUGCCUCAUUUUAGCCUCCUUCCUUGUGUAUUUGGCGGAAAAGGAAGAAAACGAGGACUUCGAUACAUACGCAGAUGCUCUUUGGUGGGGCUUGAUUACUUUGACCACUAUUGGCUAUGGAGACAAGUGUCCGAAGACCUGGAAUGGACGCCUUCUUGCAGCGACGUUCACCCUGAUUGGUGUAUCCUUUUUUGCUCUGCCCGCCGGCAUUCUUGGUUCUGGAUUUGCUCUGAAGGUUCAAGAGCAGCACCGUCAAAAGCACUUCGAAAAGCGCAGGAACCCUGCAGCAGGCCUGAUUCAGGCUGCCUGGAGGUUCUACGCCACCAACCUCUCUCGAACCGAUUUGCACUCCACCUGGAAUUACUACGAGCGAACGGUCACCGUCCCCAUGUACAGCUCACAAUCGCAAACCUAUGGUCCUUCCAGACUCAUUCCUCCUUUGAAUCAACUGGAGCUCCUGAGGAACCUGAAGAGCAAAUCUGGAUUAACUUUCAGGAAGGAGCAGCAGCCUGAGCCAUCUCCAAGUCAAAAGGUCAGCUUGAAAGAUCGUGUCUUCUCCAGCCCCCGGGGUGCCACCAUGAAAGCUAAAGGUUCUCCUCAGGCUCCGGGUGUCCGAAGGUCUCCCAGCGCCGACCAGAGCAUUGAGGACAGCCCAAGUAAAGUGCCGAAGAGCUGGAGCUUUGGAGACCGCAGCCGAGCCCGGCAAGCUUUCCGCAUCAAGGGAGCCGCGUCACGUCAGAACUCGGAAGAAGUCAGCCUCCCCGGAGAAGACAUUCCAGAUGACAACAAAAGCUGCAAUUGUGAAUUUGUAACUGAAGAUCUGACACCUGGCCUUAAAGUUAGCAUCAGGGCUGUCUGUAUCAUGAGGUUUCUGGUUUCCAAGCGGAAGUUCAAGGAGAGCCUGCGACCCUAUGAUGUGAUGGACGUCAUUGAACAGUACUCUGCGGGACAUCUGGAUAUGCUGUCCCGGAUCAAAAAUCUCCAGUCCAGGAUAGAUAUGAUUGUGGGCCCCCCGCCCCCUUCAACUCCCCGGCAUAAGAAGUAUCCAACCAAAGGAAUUCCUCCUAAAGAAUCGCCCCAGUACUCGCCUAGAGUUGACCAGAUUGUCGGUCGAGGGCCAUCGAUGACCGAUAAGGACCGAACCAAAGGGCCAGCUGAAGGAGAGCUUCCUGAAGAUCCAAGCAUGAUGGGCAGACUUGGGAAGGUGGAAAAGCAGGUUCUAUCCAUGGAGAAGAAGUUGGACUUCUUGGUCAACAUCUAUAUGCAGCGGAUGGGGAUCCCGCCAACAGAAACUGAAGCCUACUUUGGAUCCAAAGAACCUGAUCCGGCACCACCUUACCACAGUCCAGACGAUAGUCGGGAGCACAUUGACAAAAAUGGGUGCAUUAUCAAGAUAAUUCGCUCCACUAGUUCGAUGGGACAGAAGAAUUUCUCUGCGCCACCAGCCACAACGGUGCCAAAUAAUUCGUGCCCCCCUUCCACUUCUUGGCAGCCCUAUCCACGGCAAAGCCACGGGACUUCCCCAGUCGGUGAUCCUGGUUCUUUAGUGCGAAUCCCUCCACCCCCUUCCCAUGAGCGUUCCUUGUCAGCCUACAGCGGUGGGAACAGGGCCAGUGCUGAAUAUGGAAGGAAUGAAGACAUUACUGCUAAACACCCCGAAAGCGCCCUAAGAGACAGUGACACCUCCAUUUCUAUCCCAUCUGUCGACCAUGAGGAACUGGAGCGUUCCUUCAGUGGAUUUAGCAUUUCCCAGUCCAAAGAAAAUUUGGACAUCCUUAACAAUGGUUGCUACACAGCUGUGGCCAAAAUCAGACCCUAUAUUGCAGAAGGGGAGUCAGAUACUGAUUCUGACCUUUGCACACCCUGUGGGCCUCCACCAAGGUCAGCAACGGGUGAGGGACCUUUCAGUGACAUGGGCUGGUCAACUCCUAGACAGUGA